AUGAUUAACCCCGGCGGACUCAAUGUGAUAGCCCUGAUCUCCGGCGGCAAAGACUCCUUAUACUCCAUCCUCCACUGUUUCCGCAAUGGCCACAAAGUAGUCGCCUUGGCCAACCUCCACCCCGCCCCGGAGACCAGCCAAGGUGCCUCCAGCCCCGAAAACGAAGACAUCGACAGCUUCAUGUACCAAACCAUCGGCCACUCCGUGAUCCCUCUCUACGAGUCCGCCCUUAAUAUCCCUCUCUACCGCGCUCCGAUUACUGGCGGUGCCGUCGACACAGCCCGCAUCUACCGCCAUGAUUCCACCCCCAACGCCGACGACUCGCGCAACGAUGAAACGGAGUCUCUGGUUCCGCUAUUGCAGUGCGUCAUGCGUGCACAUCCGGAAGCAAACGCUGUCUCUGCUGGCGCUAUCCUGUCGACGUAUCAGCGGACAAGGAUCGAGAAUGUGGCAGGGAGGCUGGGAUUGACGCCGCUGGCGUGGUUGUGGCAGUAUCCUGUUCUGCCGGCGCCGGUAGAGAGAGCGGAUGAUGGACUUGCUGUUGGGCAUGCGGGGCUGUUGGAGGAUAUGGCUGGUGUUGGGUGUGAUGCGCGGAUUAUCAAGGUUGCGAGUGGGGGGUUGGAUGAGGGAUUCUUGUGGGAGAGUGUUUCUGGGGCUGGGGAGGGGGGCAGGAAGGUGCGUCGGAGGAUCGUGAAGGCGAUGGCGAGGUUUGCGGAGCCUGAGGACCUGAGGGGUGCGGUUUUGGGAGAGGGAGGGGAAUAUGAGACGCUUGCGGUUGAUGGGCCGGGGUUUUUGUGGAAGGGGAGGAUUGUUGUGGAUGCUGCUGAAACGGUGGUUGGGGAUGGAGGGGUUGCAUUUACGAGGCUGAAGGGUGCUCGGUGUGUGUUGAAAGAAGAAGGGGAGGAAGAUGAAUAUACGCUUGAUGAUGUUAGGACGCCAGCGUUGUUGGAUGAGCCGUUUACUGCUCUCCUGGCCGAUGUGAACUCUGUCCAACCAUCGAUGGAAGCCACGCCAAGAGCCUUUCCGGAGUUUGAUGGCUUCUCUGUUCUGCCCUAUAUUGCUCAGUCCGGGUCGACGUGUAUAAUGGCGAACCUGGUCGCGCCUGAGGCUGGUCCUGGUGCAGGAGAGCAGAUGGAGGCCAUUGUCUCGAAGGUCGAGGACACAUUGCAGACAUUUACAAAUGCUGGGAGACCCCGGUCAGCAGAAGACAUCGUUUUUGCUACGGUGCUGCUACGUUCGAUGGCAGAUUUCAGCCUGAUGAACAAUGUCUACGUCUCGCUAUUCCAAAAACCAAACCCGCCAGCUCGGGUUACUGUUGCCUGCGGUGAUACUCUUCCUGCUGAUGUGAAGGUGAUGGUUUCGUUCGUGGUUGAUGCUGGCUUUCGUGAGGAGCGACAGGGCUUGCAUGUCCAGUCUCGCUCAUACUGGGCACCUGCAAACAUCGGGCCUUAUUCGCAAGCCAUGUCUAUUCCAAUCCAUGAUCAGAGCAAGGUGGUCUACAUCGCAGGUCAGAUUCCUCUCGAGCCAGCUUCUAUGGAGAUAGCCACGGGCCACAGCUCUUGGUAUGACGCAUACUGCUUACGGGCUGUGCUGUCUUUACAACAUUUAUGGCGCAUUGGCGAGGCAAUGCAGGUGGAUUGGUGGCUGGGAGGCGUAGCAUUUUUGACUGGCGCUGAGCACAUCGAAACCCAGGUGCGAGUGGCUUGGCGUCUGUGGCAGAGAAUGCACAAUCGGCCAGAGGAUGAUGACGAUGAGAACGAGGGUUCAGAGCUGGAUGCGUGGGAUAUCAAGUACGGCCGCCGGGGACAGGAAAUCAUCCCCGACACAAAUCCUCCGGGCCUGCCACAUUUCUCAGUUCUAGAAGAGGACAGCACGAUUACAACUCCUCCAUUCCUUGCGGUAGAAGUCGAUGGUCUGCCGCGGGGGAGCGAUAUCGAGUGGCAAGGGUUGGGAAGCCAAUGCCAACAGGUUGAGCUCACGGUUGAUGGAGACACCAUGACCGUUGCGGCCGACGAUGCGUACAGUCUUACAUGUCUAGAGAUUGGCGAAGGUCAACUACAAGAAAGAUUAACAAGAUUGAACGAUUCAGUCGAGUUCAUCCAUGGAAAUCAUCAGAUGCUGUCGCAAGUCGUGCUAUACACAACACAACCGGUGUCCGAGCGCCUCUGGGCAGGCCAGGUGGUCCCAUGUCGCUCCAUCUGGGGGCGAGAUGGGCGACCGCUGAUUGCAGGAGUGGUGAUCAUCAAGGAAAAGAAGAAAGAUUGA